GCUUAUAGCGAGGCUCUACAAAUGAGAGAAUCUAAUUGGCUACGCGGCUGUCACUCAAGCCGACAGCGCUUUUUCGCCCCGCCCUCCUGUCUGUUGGCGUUAGUUAGACAACCGGGAGCCGCGAGUGCCCGCCCCAGCUCGCUCACGGCGUUCCCCAUUGGCUCAAUUGAAUGAUUGAUGUCGAAGCCGAUUGGCUGCCGGCCGUGGGGGAUGAGCUAACGCCGUUUGAUUGGCGGAGAACGAAGUGCCCUGGUAACCGUCGCAGUGACUCCGCAGCGGGCUCUGGGCGGUGGCCGCCGCAGCCGCCCAUUCGCGGACCCGAUUGCGCGCUUUGCGCAGCGGAGGCGGCGGCUCCUCCUCACUGCGGGACAGGGCGGGUUCCCCGCGAGUCCCCAGCGCUUCCCCCUCGCCCCUCGCCUCCGUUCCUCCAGAAAUUACUGCUGCUGUGAUAUUGAAGUUAUGAAGACGGAGAACGGGGUGCUGCUGCCCUCGCUGCAGUAUGCCCUGCCCUUCCUGGACCUGCACGGCACCCCCCGGCUCGAGUUCCACCAGUCCGUGUUCGAUGAGCUGCGGGAGAAGCUGCUGGAGAGAGUCUCUGCCAUCGCUUUGGAGGGGAAGGUGGAGGAGAGAUACAAGAAACUGGAGGAUCUCCUAGAGAAGAGCUUUUCCCUGGUCAAGAUGCCCUCGAUACAGCCCGUGGUCAUGUGUGUCAUGAAGCACUUGCCCAAGGUCCCUGAGAAGAAGCUGAAGCUGGUGAUGGCUGAUAAGGACCUGUACAAGGCCUGUGCUGUGGAGGUGAAGAGGCAGAUCUGGCAGGACAACCAGGCUCUCUUUGGGGAUGAGGUGUCACCCUUGCUGAAGCAAUACAUCCUGGAGAAGGAGAACAUUCUCUUCAGCAAUGAUAUUUCCUUCUUGCAAAAUUUCUUCAGUCCAUCUCCCAAAACAAGACGUCAAGGAGAGGUGGUGCAGAAGCUGACGCAGAUGAUCGGGAAGAACGUGAAGCUCUACGACAUGGUGCUGCAGUUCCUCAGGACCUUGUUCCUGCGCACCAGGAACGUCCACUACUGCACACUGAGGGCAGAGCUCCUGAUGUCACUGCAUGACCUGGAGAUCAGUGACAUCUGCACCGUUGAUCCCUGUCACAAGUUCACCUGGUGCCUUGACGCCUGCAUUCGGGAGAAGUUCGUGGACAACAAGAGAGCUCGGGAAUUGCAAGGAUUCCUGGAUGGGGUAAAGAAAGGACAAGAACAAGUGUUGGGGGACUUAUCAAUGAUCCUGUGUGAUCCCUUUGCCAUUAACACCUUAGCCUUGAGCACCAUAAGGCACCUGCAAGACCUGGUUGGCCAGGACACCUUACCCAGGGAAAGCCCGGAUCUGCUGCUGCUCCUUAGGAUGCUGUCUUUGGGACAGGGGGCCUGGGACAUGAUUGACAGCCAAGUCUUCAAGGAACCAAAAAUGGAAGCCGAGCUGAUCACCAGGUUCCUGCCCCUGCUGAUGUCCUUUGUGGUGGAUGACCACACCUUCACUGUGGAUCAGAAGCUGCCCUCGGAGGAGAAGGGACCAAUCCCCUACCCCAGCACCAUUCCCGAGGCUUUCACCAAGUUCCUACAGGAGAACAGAAUAGCUUGUGAGAUUGGGCUGUAUUACAUCCUUCACAUCACCAAACAGAGAAACAAGAAUGCUUUUCUGAGGCUGCUGCCAGCACUUGUUGAGACAUUCAGUGACUUGGCCUUCAGUGACAUUUUCCUGCACCUGCUCACUGGUAACCUCACCCUGCUCAGUGAUGAGUUUGCACUCGAGGAGUUCUGCACCAGUCUCUUUGAUGGCUUCUUCCUCACUGCCUGCUCCAGGAAGGAGAAUGUGCACAGACAUGUGCUCAGGCUGCUGCUGCAUCUGCAUCACAAAGUGGCCCCAGCCAAACUGGAGUCUCUCCAGAAAGCUUUGGAGCCCACCAAGCAGAGUGGGGAAGCUGUCAAGGAGCUUUACAACCAGCUCAGUGAGAAACUGGAGCUCCGCAAGCCCAGCCCAGCUGAAGUGACUGAGACUCCCUCCAUGGAGCUGCCCCUGCCCACCGUGCCCACUCCAGCCUCACGCUGAGCUGUGGCUGCAGGGCAGGACUGAGGGGAGAGGAGCUGAGCCUGUGCUGCCUUCUGAGUGUCUCUGCCCACGUGGUGGAAACAAAAACAAAGCCUCUGAAGCUCCUUCAGGAAACGCUGCAGUUCACCCAACUCACUGGCUCUGGCUGGUUAGAAAACUGUAUGCAGUGCAUUGCAAGGUUUACUUUUCUUAAAGAUAGCUGGGUGUCUUCUUGUAGAUCCACUUAAAAUCUGAUUGUACAUUAAAAAAAAAAAAAAAAGAAGA